AUAAGGAAGGCGGCUGUUGCUGCGCGCGGACACACCGAGCCGCGAGCUGGGGACGACGGCUCCCGAGACGCGCGCGACCACCUUCCAUCGCGUCCACCUGCGGGACCGGCUCACCGAGCACCACAUCCCGGGAAGAACUUUUUCCUUACAAUCUCUGGAAUAACAAACAGAGAACAUUUAUUUAAAAAAAAUGAGUUUCUGCUCGAAAUCCGAAGAGGAGCGCGGGACGUGUCUUUUUGGAACAAUGUGAGAAAAUACUGUCGGUGGACACCGUGGAGCUUUUUAAACCCACUUUACGCACCGGGACCGUACGGACCGCCACAGCAGCGGGCAGAUAGCGGCGUUGCGUGGACUCCGGAUGCGCCUUUGACCACUGACGGAGCAUCCGAGGGACCGCUAACUUACUCAGGUGCUUGUGAAUCUCUGGGUGGACUGAUGCAGCCAUGGGCCCAUCGCUGGAUCUUUGAAAGCAACCCGCGUCCUUAUCCUCUCCUCCCUCCCCCUGCAUCGCUUCCAGCUCUGCCCCACACUGCUGCAAGACGAGCGCUCCAAAGCCAUGAAACCUUCUCCUUCCCUCCGUCCACGCACCAUGACAAGCCUUGAUUUGAGGAAUCCUGGCCAACCACGGCGGCCCAUCCCAGUGCUGCUCUGGUUGCUCCUGAUGCAGGGCUGUUGCCACGCAGCCCCCUCAGGCCCAGAGUCUGACUCCUGCUCCACGUUAGUCCAGAGCCGCUUUUUUGGCUACUUCCUGUCAUCAUCUGUGUUCUCCACCAUGCCUUGCUCCUGGACCCUGCAGAACCCUGACCCGCGGCGCUACACUAUCUUCAUUAAGGUGACAAAACCCACAGAGGACUGCGUGCCGUCCCAGCUCCGCACCUUUCAGUACGAGUCCUUCCUGGAGACCACGCGCACCUACCUGGGCAUGGAGAGCUUCGACGAGGUGGUGAGACUGUGCGACUCCUCUGCCCCGGUGGCCUUCCUGGAGGCAGGGAAGCAGUUCCUCCAAAUGAGGAAGGGACCCCCUCGGGCGGGUGCGCCCGUUCCGGAUGGCAAUGGGGAUUUCAAAACUGAGUACCUGGUGGUGGGAAAGCGCAACCCCAGCAUGGCGGCCUGUCAGAUGCUGUGCCAGUGGCUGGAGGACUGUCUGACCUCCAGCACUUCCAACCGGCCAUGUGGAAUCAUGCAGACUCCAUGUUUGUGCUGGGAGCCCCCGCCUCAGCUCAGCCAGGGAGAUAGCUGUUAUCACAAUGGAGUUUACCUGGAAAACUGUUUACCCAGCGUGAAAGAGGAGGGGGGGAACUUUGAGAUAAAUGGGGGCUGGAGUGUGUGGGGUCAGUGGGCGCAGUGCAGCAGCCAGUGCGGAGGAGGGAUUCAAACCCGCACCCGGACAUGCCAGUCGCCGGCGGAGGAGUCGUACGUGUGUGAGGGGGUGUUGGAGGAGGGCCGGCCCUGCAACUCCCAGCCCUGCAACACCGGCAACGGUCGCCAUCUCUCCCGCAGCCAAUCGCUUCGCUCAGUGGACAGCCGCAAGCGUGAGGACGUAGACAAGGCGCGCAGUGGACCGCAGAGCCCUCAGACAGUAGACUCAGCUUCAGGUGAGGAGUGGUCAGCGUGGAGUGUGUGUUCUGCCACGUGUGGGGAGGGCUGGCAGAGUCGCACUCGUUUCUGUGUGUCCUCCUCCUACAGCACCCAGUGUAGUGGGCCACUGCGCGAGCAGAGACCUUGCAACAACUCUGCCGUUUGUCCAGUGCACGGCGCUUGGGACGAGUGGUCGCCAUGGAGCCUGUGUUCGUCGACCUGUGGCCGAGGUUUCAGGGCCCGAACAAGAACCUGCGCUCCCCCACAGUUUGGGGGAGAUGCCUGCGACGGCCCAGCGCAACAGACCAAAUUCUGCAACAUAGCUGUGUGUCCAGUGGAUGGCGUGUGGAACGAGUGGUCCGGCUGGAGCUCCUGCUCCGCCUCCUGCUCCAACGGGACCACGCAGAGAACCAGGGAGUGUAACGGCCCCUCGUACGGAGGCUCCGAGUGCAGGGGGGAGUGGCUGGAGACGGUGGACUGCUUCCUCGGGGAGUGUCCGGUGGAGGGCAAGUGGCAGCCGUGGUCGCUGUGGUCUGGCUGCUCUAAAACCUGCGGCGGGGGGAGCCAGCAGAGGAACAGGAUUUGUUACGGGCCCUUCUUUGGAGGCCAGGCCUGUCCUGGAGAGCGAGAGGAGGUCCGCAGCUGUAAUGAAAAGAGAUGCCCAGAACCUCAUGAAAUAUGCGGCGAGGACAACUUCUCCAACGUGGUGUGGAAGAUGACUCCAGCGGGGGACACAGCUGCCGUGCGCUGCCCUCCCAACGCCGUGGGGCUCAUUCUGCGCCGCUGCACCCUGGAUGAAGAGGGCCUCGCCUACUGGGAGAAUCCCACCUACAUGAAGUGCAUCUCCAACGACUAUCGUAGUAUACAAACCUCGACCCGGGAGCACCUGUCCAAAGCCCAGCGUGGCCUGGUGGGAGAUGGCGUUUCAGACGUGAUGAACAAGCUGAAGGUGACAUCCAGCGACGGGACCAGCUACAGCGGGGAUCUCCUGGCCAUCGUGGACGUGCUGAAGAACAUGACGGAGAUCUUCAGGAGGGCCUACUACAGUCCCAGCAGUGCCGACAUGAGGAACUUUGUGCAGUCAGUCAGCAAUCUGCUGAUGGAGGAGAACCGGGAGAGAUGGGAGGAAGCCCAACUGCUGGGCCCGAACAUCAAAGAGCUGUUCCGUCUGUUGGAGGACUUUGUGGAUGUCAUCGGCCUGAGGAUGAAAGACUUUCAGGACAUGUAUGAAGUCACCGAUAACCUAGUUUUGAGCGUCCACAAGCGUCCGGUGGUGGGGCACGCAGACAUCAGCUUCCCCAUGAAGGGCUGGAGGGGCAUGGUGGACUGGGCCCGCAGCUCCGAGGACAGAGUCACCAUCCCCAAGAACAUCCUGUCAACUGGCAAGCCAGACGCAGACGAGUCCUCGACGUUUGUGACCGGCAUCGUCUUGUUCAGGAACCUGGGCAGCAUUCUGACUCUUCAGAGGUGAGGCUGCUCACUGCUUCACACACACAGCUCCACAGUGCUAUGGAGUAGUUGUUGGUUCCCAGUGGAGCAGCGAGCCCACUGCAGCUCGGACUGCUCGGUGGAGGCCCCGACGGAGGCCCCGACGGAGGCCCCGACGGAGGCCCCGACGGAGGCCCUGACGGAGGCCCCGCUCCUGUCAAAGUCUUUACACACACUUCAGCAGCACGCGGCGAUGCGUCCAGCGGUCCUAUCGGCCGUGGGGUGGAUGAGGACGCGGAGAUCAUCCGUUCAGUCAUUCUGUGAUUCUCCUCCUUUUAUUUUCCAGAACAUGGAUAAGACACAGCUGCCGUCCGUGACGCUGAUCGUGGGCUGCGGAGUGUCGUCGCUUACCUUGUUGCUGCUCAUCAUCAUCUAUGUGUCGGUGUGGAGAUACAUUCGGUCUGAGCGCUCAGUCAUCCUCAUUAACUUCUGCCUUUCCAUCAUCUCCUCUAAUGCUCUCAUCCUCAUCGGACAGACUCAGACACGCAAUAAGGUCUUGUGCACCCUGAUCGCCGCAUUCCUCCAUUUCUUCUUCCUGUCCUCGUUCUGCUGGGUUCUGACGGAGGCCUGGCAGUCGUACAUGGCGGUGACGGGUCGCCUCAGGAACCGCAUCAUACGCAAGCGCUUCCUGUGUCUCGGCUGGGGUCUCCCUGCACUGGUGGUGGCCAUCUCAGUGGGAUUCACCAAGGCCAAGGGAUACGGAACACCAAGCUACUGCUGGCUGUCUCUGGAAGGAGGUCUUCUGUAUGCAUUUGUUGGACCCGCUGCGGCUGUUGUCUUGGUUAACAUGGUUAUUGGGAUUCUCGUUUUUAACAAACUGGUGUCCAAAGACGGCAUAACAGAUAUGAAACUAAAGGAGAGGGCGGGUCAGAUGACAGUGCCACUGUACAAUAUGACGCUCAAAUGUGCCAAGUGCGGAGUUAUCUCUUCGGCUGACGUUUCCACCACAGCUACCAGUAACGCCAUGGCGUCACUGUGGAGCUCCUGCGUGGUUUUGCCCCUGCUGGCUCUCACCUGGAUGUCAGCCGUCCUGGCCAUCACCGACCGGCGCUCUGCACUCUUCCAGAUCCUCUUCGCUGUGUUUGACUCGCUGGAGGGCUUCGUCAUCGUCAUGGUGCACUGCAUCCUGCGCAGAGAGGUUCAGGAGGCGGUGAAGUGCCGCGUGGUGGAUCGCCAGGAGGACGCCAAUGGAGAUUCAGGAGGAUCUUUCCAGAAUGGCCACGCUCAGCUCAUGACUGACUUUGAGAAAGAUGUGGACAUAGCCUGCAGAUCAGGCACUAUGAAGCGCUCCUCUCUCCAGGGAGAGGAGAAGGCCUCGUCCGGGACCCUCACCCUUCAGAAGGGUUCCAACUUUAACACCAUGCCGGCCAGCAUGGCGAAGGUUCACCUCCAGAAUGUGUCAGACUACACCAGCCACACUCUGACUCUGCGCAGGGAGAAGGGCCCUGCCAAGGGAAUCAGCACAGAGCUGCCGGGCGCCAAAUCCAUCUACAUCUGCGAUGGCGAGCUCUUCAAGCAGCUGGAUGGAGAGCUGCCCCGAGGAAAUGGCGAGGGCAGCAGCUCCGAGGGCACCGGCAAAUGCCCGGGCUACGUCAUCCUACCGACCAACAGCACAGGCACCCUGAAGCCGGCCAAGGCCAAAGAGGAGCCCACGGCCAAGUACAACAUCGGCAUUGAGCAGCUGCCUCAGACCAGGCUCAUUCACCUGGCCAACCCCGCCAACGGAGAGCCCGCGCCCGGCUUCGGCCUCAAGAGCCUCCCUGCCGAACAGAUCAGCGUGUCGUGCUCCGACAGAGACUCACCUGCUCACAAUGCCCACAACAUGCCCAGAGACUCGCAGGGAGCCAACAGCAUGUGUGACGGGCCGGAUGCCGCUAACUCCGGGGUGAUGUCCAAGAGUGAGACCGUCUCCACGCUGUCCAUGAGCUCACUGGAGAGACGAAAAUCACGCUAUGCAGAGCUUGACUUUGAGAAGAUUAUGCACACCCGGAAACGCCACCAGGACAUGUUUCAGGACCUGAACAGGAAGAUUCACAGUGCAGACAAGGAUAGAGAAUCUCCACCUGUUGACGCCAAAGCUGCCAAAAGAUGGAGUGUGUCCUCUGCCAGCAGCGACAAGACCAACCUGAGUGACAAGCAGCAGACCCCCAGUAAGAGAGCGUGGGAGGGCAUCAGGAAGACCCAUUCCCCCCCUUCCUGGGUGAGGAAGGACCUGGAGACCGUGGCGGCGUCCCCUCUGGAGCUGCAGACAGUGGAGUGGGAGAAGACCAGUGCCACCAUUCCUCUGGUGGGCCAGGAGAUCAUGGACCUUCAGACGGAGGUGUGACCGAGAUCCCCAAAACACACCCACAACUUGCUUCUUCUUCCAAUCCUCUCAGACGAACAACCACACACACUGCCCUGCUCUGGAUAUCCACCCAAGCCCCCUGCGACCACAUGAGGGGGAGAGAAAUCUAUUCAACCAAGUCCCGAGAGGCCGAGGGUCUUUCUAUGAUGUUCCAUGUGAUGUUUGGACAGAGUGUCUGUCUACUAAAUACCGGUCAUCUGGUCUCAGACACCUAGUGACUCAGAUUGUCAUGGUAGCAGAUUCAGCUACUACAUGUGCAUCACAUAGCCAUGUAUUUAGCAGACAGGCACAGGUAUUAAUGCAACGUUUACCCCGUGUGAAAUGAAAAACAGUGUAAUAACCAUGAUUUUUUCCCACUGUUGAGAGUAUCGUGUUGUCACUUUUCCGCUCUCUCUUUGUCAUGAUGGACGCUGUUGUGUACGGCUCGAGAUGCCGCUGGACUUUUUUUCUCCAACAUCAAUCUCGAAAGGGAAAAGGAAGGAACGGGGCCGACUGCCCGCCGUACACCCAUGUGGCGCUCAUUGCAGUAGCCCCGCCCCUUCAACUCACUCAAUCCUGCCUCCAUUGCCUGAUCCCCAGAGUUCCCGGCGGGGCCCCGCAGUGACAAGAGCAGGGAACGGGGCGGUGGAGGGGUACAACGUUUUUAAAAAGUCAAUGUUUCUUUGAGCCAAAAGGGCAAUUUCCUUCUCAUUGACGGACACCUCGGCAGACGGCAGAGACCGGGCCGCCGGGCCCUGUGCUGCACUGGACCCUUCACCUCAACGCCUCCAACAGGGGGACACCAUGUGCACAGCGUCCAUAUAUCCAGAAGGACGCCAUAUUCAACAAACACAUGCUGUUUGAGUCGGAACUGUGGAGAACCAUGUACAGGCAAUUCAAGGCGAUUCAAAAAAGAGAAGAAAAAGAAGACUAAAUGUAUAAAUAUAUAAAUAAAUAAAUAUGGUGAUUAAAGGUGAUGAUAGAGAGCAGUCAGUUCAUUAGAGGGAUGGUGGUUGCACACAGAAAGCACAAGGCUCAUUUGGAGUCCUGAUGUACAGCAUUGUAAUUAUUUCAACAGAGUUCUACAGAAUGGAUUUUAGCCUAUAAAUAUCUUUCUUACUGUGCUUGGGGAUAGCUGUUAUCAUUAUUAUAAAUAUGAACAUGAUUAUUCUGAUACCGAUCCUCCCUUUCCCUCCUUGUACUUUCAGGGUACUGGACUAAACAAGUGUUCUGUAUCGCUAUGUAACAGUGUGUGUUUUGAUAUAACCGCCAGUCACCUUCUCAAAUCUGUAUUUGUUGAAACCCUGACCUCUGACCUCUGACCCACUGAUCUGCUCCCCCAUCCCGCCACACACAGAUACCCCUCCCACUUCCCCCCUCUCCACUUUUUAAUUUACUGGGGUCGCCUCUUUGUUAAUGUACAGUUUUCAGAGCACAAAAUGAAUGUGUCUUAUUUCUAAUAAAAGCAUAUCUAUAUAAUAAAAUAA